UAACAAGAUCGUCACUUGAUGACCUUGACCUUUCAAAUUAUUUGGGUUCUGUGAUAUGAAUACUACUUUUAUCAUGCAAAUUGACCGAAGUUAACUAUUCACACAGCAAAAAUUGAUACACCAGCAAAGAAAUUAAAAAUGGCUUCCGAAUUAUUGGAAAGUCCAGUCGGAGCCAGUGAUCCAAUUUUUGUUGAGCAAAAUAAAGGCGGGGCUAAAACGUGGGAGGAGAUAAAAGCUGUUGUCAAGGAUACAAGAAAGUUGGUGAGCUCAUUAGCUAGUAGAGUGCCGUCAAAUUUCCAGUUUCGGACCCAAGAUACUCCGAAUGGACCUAUUACAAGGUUGUAUUUUCUUGGCAUCCCGCCAAAGCAAAGAGAGUCAACGCUAAUGUAUGUGAAUGUCCCGUCAGUUCCAAUGAGUAUCACCCCGAUGUUACAGUGGUGCAGUCUGCUGGAGUCUUUCUCUUCGACGUUAUCAAAUAGUGGACAAAUGUCACGGGAGGAACAACUGCUGAGAGAAAGGAAAAGGUUAGGAGUAUUUGGAAUUACUUCCUAUGAGUUGACAGAGAAAGGGAAAUUGGUUUUCCCAGCAUGCAAUACUUUGUUUACAUGUUCUGAUGAAAAUCUUACGAGUGUAGACCCAGUUUUCCCUCAAAAUAUAGAUACCAAUGUACAAGGUGCAAGAAUGGACCCUCAGAUCUGCCCAAACAAUUCGGAUCUUGUAGCGUUUGUUAACUGCAAUGACUUAUGGGUAGUCAAUACAAAAACUGGACAGGAAGUGAGGCUCACUCAUUCAAAUAAAGGUACUGGGUGUCUAAAGGAGGACCCGUACAGUUCUGGAGUACCAUCGUUUGUUGUACAGGAGGAAUUUGACCGCUAUACAGGUUACUGGUGGGAACCUAAAUGUGAUAAAUCUCCUGACAGUAAAACUUACAGAAUAUUGUACGAGGAGGUAGACGAGUCGGAAGUUGAUAUUUUACAGAUUUAUUCUCCACUGGAAGACAAGGGUGUGGACGAGUACAGAUACCCUCGGCCAGGAAAAACUAACGCCAAAAGCUGCCUCAAAAUUGUAGAAUUCUCAAUCAAUGAAACUGAUCAGAUAUCAGAGACUGUUGUAUGCAAAUGUUUAUACGAGUCGAUUAGCUCAUUGUUUCCGUCCAUGGAGUAUUUACUUAGAGCGGGCUGGACCCCAGAUGCUAAAUAUGUCCAUUGUCAACUGCUAAACAGGAAACAGACACACCUGUCUCUGGUAUUGAUACCUACACAAUGUUUUAUCGUAACCAAGGCAACAGAAGAUGUUGAUAUGGAAGCUACACAAUCUGAGAAAUAUCCAAAUUUACAUGUGAUACAUGAAGACGCCUCAGAAAUAUGGGUUAAUGUACACGAUAUACUACAUUUUUUACCUGGAGAGUCACAAAAUGAGAUUAACUUUAUUUGGAUGUCGGAAAGAUCGGGAUUUCGACAUUUGUAUAAAAUCUCGUCAAAGUUAGCCUCACAGCAAGUGCUUGGACAAUCAGAAUUACAUGAUGAUGUGUUGAGAUGCGAGUGCUCUACAGUUACAGCAAUAACGUCCGGAGAAUGGGAGGUCUCUCCUAAAGAGUGUUGGGUAGAUGAGAGUCGACAGCUAGUAUACUUUAUAGGCUUGAAAGAUACACCUUUAGAAACUCAUUUAUAUGUAACCUCAUACAGCACGCCUGGUGACCCUGUGAGAUUAACUGAGCUAGGAUAUUCACACAGCGUCUCCUUCAACAAGGAACGUACACUGUUUGUAUCGGUGUACAGUUCUGCUAAAGUUACACCUAUGUCAACGUUACACCAAAUAACGCAUUCAGAAAGUGCCGUGAAGACACAGCCAAUUGGAGUUCUCAUGCCUUCUUCUCCAUGUCCUGAUUACAGCCCUCCAGAACUGUUCAACUUCAAGAGUAAAUCUGGUUAUACAAUGUACGGAAUGUAUUACAAACCACAUAAUUACCAGCCAGGUGUAAAGUACCCGACGGUUCUGUUUGUGUACGGUGGACCCCAUGUUCAACUGGUGUCAAACACGUUUAAAGGAUUAAAGUUUUUGAGAUUACAUACGUUAUCAUCUCAGGGGUAUGCUGUUGUUCUGAUAGAUGGCAGAGGUUCGUGGUGUAGAGGUCUGAAGUUUGAGAGCCAUAUAAAAAACAGACUGGGCACAACAGAGAUUGAGGACCAGGUUGAAGGAUUACAAAGUUUAAUGUCUAUGGUAGAUUUUAUAGACGAGAACAGGAUAGCCAUACAUGGCUGGUCAUAUGGUGGCUACUUAUCAUUAAUGGGGCUAGCUCAACGUCCAGAUAUAUUUAAGGUUGCAAUAGCAGGUGCCCCCGUAGUAGACUGGCAUCUGUAUGAUACCGGUUACACAGAAAGAUACAUGGAUGUUCCUGAAAGCAACACAUAUGGCUACCAGCAAGGAAAUGUUCUCAGUUAUAUAGACAACUUUCCUAAUGAAGAGAAUCGACUGAUGAUAGUUCAUGGCCUGAUAGACGAGAAUGUACAUUUCCAACACAGCAGUAUAUUAGUGAAUGCCUUAAUCAAAGCAUGCAAACCACAUCAAAUACAGAUUUAUCCAAAUGAACGGCACGGAAUACGCAACCCUGAGUCUAGCGAGCACUACAAAACCUUGAUACUGACCUUUCUUCAAAAGCAUCUUUAGGGAACAAAAAAUGUACUGUAAAAUUGAUGUGAUUUGCCUGCAGUGAUUUUCUUAGGAUAGAAAAAAGAAUGUGUCUUGCAACUAUGAAAUAUUUUUGGAAAAUUUUCUGACCUUUCUAUGAAAACAUCUUCAUGAAGCACAGACAUAUGGAACAGUGGUUAUAAUUAGCGUUCAUUUUAUUACACUAUAUAUUGAGGAAGCUUUUUCUAAGAAGGGACUUUAGUGAGUUUCAAAUUGUCUCCCUUAUUGGAUUAUGACCAAGAUAAUAAUAUUGUAAGUUGGUCCUAUCAUUUGGAAGCCUCUGACUUUAUUGCUGUUUCCAAUAGCUACAGGUUCUUCCUCCACCAUCAAAAGCUGCAAAGUUAAUGUUUGACCUAUAAUUGUGUUGAUGUGAUGUUAAAGUUAGUUAAAAAAUGAAAAAAAAACAAUCACUACAAGAUAUUUUCUGACUUAUGCCAGUUGAUUUUCAGAUGAUGCUUCGUAUUCAAAUGCCAGUGAGUUUUCAAAUGCCAGUUAAUUUAUUUUCAAAUGUAGGUUUAAUUGGAAAUGGCCACCUGCAGUGGUCGUAGAUAUUGGCAAAGAACAAAAAAUCAUUGAAAAAGUUAUCUAAGUUUCUUUUUACCAUAAGAUAUUUGAAUUACAGUCAAACCUGUGAACAAAGACCACUCUUAGGAACAAGCAAAAAUGGUCUUUGUUCACAGGUGGUCUUUAUUCGGGGGGUGGGGGGGGGGGGGGGGGGGGGGUCACUUCUCAGUCAGCCAUUAUCAUGCUGAUAAAAAGUAUUUUUACAGCUUCUUGCAUUCUUUAUGCUCUAUGUAUUAAUUCGGCCGAUGCAAACUUGCAAAUUUUCAAUCAAGCAGUAAUUUUUAUGUUUGUUACAAGGCUAAAGUCGUGAAAAUUCGGCGGAUAUCAAAUAUUUUCAAGCAGGAACGGUCCAGCUUGGUCGUUAUUGGGGGGCAAAUAUGACCCCUGGGAAUGAAUUUGGCCGGUCACUGGUCGCGGUCGCCAGGUGGUCGCUAUUCACGGCCUUUUUAUGAACAUUUUUCUAUGGGGGGACCAGAGACCGGUCGUUGUUGACAGGUGGUUGCUAUUCACGGGUGGUCGCUAGCACAAGUUUGACUGUAUAGUUAGAAUGAAACAUUUUUUCAUGUUUAUCUUAAAGAUUACCUCAUUUAAUCAGAUCUGUAUAAUUUUUCUUGAAAUAUACAUGUGUAAUCUUCUAUUAGACAGUUGUUCUUACUAUUUAUUAUACUGUGAAAUCAUUUUUAUUCACGUAGGACGAAUUUUCGCGUAUCUGGCGCUAGGACCGAUGCGCGAAUUUAAGACCGCGCUAUUAUUAUUUUUUAUUAUAUUUUUCCCUUUUAAGAAUUGAAAAUGCGCGAAUUUAAGCCCGCGCAAAACAGUCCUUCUUCAUGUUUGCGCAAAAUUUCAUGCCAGCGAAUUUAAAUGAUUUUACAGUAGUUAAGGAUUAAGGUUUUUUAGCACUUUUAAAACUUUAACAGGACACAAUCAGUUCUUGUGUAAAUCAAAUUGUAAAACUUCAUCAUCAAUUUUUUUUGCAGAAUUAUCUCCCUUCCCUUGCAAGGAUGGAGGAGAAAAAAGAGCAUAAUUUUGUUUGAGAUCACAAUUAAGACUAAUUAUUUGAAGGUUUUAAGGGUCAGAACUUAUAUUACAUCUUUUUUGUGUGAUUCUGCAUUUGCGACCAGUGCAGACCAAGAUCAGCCUGCACAUCCAUGCAGUCUGAUCAUGAUCUACACUGUUCGCAAUUCAGUCAGUAAACUUUCAGCUAACACUCCUUUGAAUAAUAAGUGGUACUGCAAAAUAGAAAGAUGGACCAUUUUAGGAAUUUAGCAGAGUAAAGGCUAAAGAUUGGAGCUGAAGCAUAUCAGUAGUUGAACAGGGAAGUUAAUUUAUUGUUUGCUAGACAUUCAGUUGUCAAUGACAGACAAUUUGCCGAGCCCAGAAAAAUAAAGUAAUUUGAUGAGAAAAUAUUUAUGUAUUAAAAGUUUGUUUGUUAUGUAAAAUUUGUAGAUAAGACCUCACAGUAAGAUAAUGUUAACUUGCUGUACCUAACUACAUAAAACCUUUGAUACUGUUAUACAGAGGCACGCACCUUUAAACAGACACCAGGUAAUACCAUUUAUAUUGCGUAAAUCAUUUUUAGCUCAUCUGAUUUUUUGAAAAAAAAUGAUGAGUUAUUGUCAUCACUUGAGCGGUUGUCGGCGUCGGCGUCGGCGUCUGCGUCGGCGUUGCCUGGUUAAGUUUUAUGUUUAGGUCAGCUUUUCUCCUAAACUAUCAAAGCUAUUGCUUUGAAACUUGGAAUACUUGUUCACCAUCAUAAGCUGACCCUGUAUAGCAAGAAACAUAACUCCAUCUUGCUUUUUGCAAGAUUUUUGGCCCCUUUUGUACUUAGAAAAUAUCAGAUUUCUUGGUUAAGUUUUAUGUUUAGGUCAACUUUUCUCCUAAACUAUCAAAGCUAUUGCUUUGAAACUUGGAAUACUUGUUCACCAUCAUAAGCAGACCCUGUACAUCAAGAAAUAUAACUCCAUCUUGCUUUUUGCAAGAUUUAUUGCCCCUUUUGGACUUAGAAAAUCAGUUUUCUUGGUUAAGUUUUAUGUUUAGGUCAGCUUUUAUCCUAAACUAUCAAAGCUAUUGCUUUAAAACUUGCAACACUUGUUCACCAUCAUAAGUUGACCCUGUACAGCAAGAAACAUAACUCCGUCCUGCUUUUUGCAAGAUUUAUGGCCCCUUUUGGACUUAGAAAAUAUCAGAUUUCUUGGUUAAGUUUUAUGUUUAGGUCAACUUUUUCUCUUAAACUAUCAAAGCUAUUGCUUUGAAACUUGCAACACUUGUUCACCAUCAUAAGCUGACCCUGUACAGCAAGCAACAUAACUCCAUCCUGCUUUUUGCAAUAAUUAUUGCCCCUUUUGGACUUAGAAAAUCAUUUUCUUGGUUGAGUAUUAUGUUUAAGUCAACUUUUCUCAUAAACUAUCAAAGCUAUUGCUUUAAAACUUGCAACAGUUUUUCACCAUCAUAAGUGGACACUGUACAUCAAGAAACAUAAUUCUAUCCUGCUUUUUGCAAGAAUGAUGGCCCUUUUUAGACUUAGAAAAUCAUGGGUAGGACAAUAUUUCUAUUGCACAAAAAAAAUCAGAUGAGCGUCAGCACCCGCAAGGCGGUGCUCUUGUUGAAAGACGUGCUGUUAUGAAAUACAUAUUUAUUAGAUUACUUAUUGUAGUAAUGAAGGACUUUUUUGUAGCACUGCCGUAAGUGCAAAUUUUCUUUUGUUUUUACCUGUACAAACCAUUUUUCAUCUUGCAUCAAGUAAUUACAUGAAAUAGCUUCAUUACCAAAACCAUUGACGAGAAACUGUAUAGAUACUGCGAGAAUAUUUGAGGGAACUUUUUUUUGUGGUUAAGGUCAAUACACAAAAUUGAAUCACCACAAACUAGUAAGUUUUCAAUUCAUUUUAUGUUUAAAAUUUGAAAUCACAAAGUGGUAUCCACACAAAAUAGCCAUUUCCAUCAAAACCACAAAAUUCUGUGCCCGUGAAAUUAAGUUAUUUCACUGUGUACUGAGAAGUUUUAAGUUAAAUGGCUUGCCCCAUCGGCAGGUCACUGUGAAUUUUGGUCUGCCAUACCUCGCCUUCUACCUGCCAUGUGACAAAGUGACACUUGUUCCAUAGUGUUUGCUUCUAAAUUUAUUCAUAGUUGUGACUGGUUGCCCGUAUGGGUGAAUCCUGUUUAAUGUGCCAAGUGUAAAAACUUAGGAAUAUAUCAUAUCUUGAAGACUUUUGAAUAGUUCAUACCUUUGGGGAUUUAGGAAUAGUUCAUACCUUUGGGGAUUUAGGAAUAGUUCAUACCUUAGGUUAUUUAUAAUAGUUCAUACCGUAGGGAUUUUGGAAUACCAGUAGUCCUUGCCUGGGUAAUUUGGGAAUAGUAAUACCUUGAGUGUUUAUGGAUAGUUCAUAUCUUGAGCAUUUAUGAAUAGUUCAUAUCUUGAGCAUUUAUGAAUACUCAAUAGUUCAUACCUUGGUGACUCAUGAAUAGUUCAUACCUUGGUGACUUAUGGAUAGUUCAUUCAUUGGUGACUUAUGGAUAGUUCAUACGUUAGUGAUUUAUGAAUAGUUCAUGUCCUGAGGAUUUAUAGAUAGUUCAUAUCUUUUGUUUUUAGCUGAUUAAAUUAUUAUGCAGUAAACAGUUUUAAACUGCUUGACUAUUUUUUUUUAUUGUAAAUCCACUCAUUGGAUAUUGAUGUGAUAUUUUGUAUUAUGUGAGAUAUACUAAGAUGUAUCUAAAUUUUUUGUUCAAUGUAAUUUAAUUGUGUCUGAUUUGUGAACUUUGUUAAGUGAGAUUUGGGUAUUGAACAAUCAUUUUUAGCUCGACUAUUCGAAGAAUAGUCUAGCUAUUCUACUCACCCUGGCGUCGGCGUCGGCGUCACACCUUGGUUAAGUUUUUGCAUGCAAGUACAUACAGCCAUCAAUUAAAGGCAUAUAGCUUUGAAACUUAUUUUUUCUUUUUCUAGGUCAAUUACCAACCUCUCUGGGUCAAGUCCCAUAACUCUGACAUGUAUUUUGAGCAAAUUAUGCCCCCUUUUGUACUUAGAAAAUUUUGGUUAAAGUUUUACAUGCAAGUUACUAUCUCCAAAACUAAUGAAGAUAUUGAUAUGAAACUUCACAUGUGUCUUCGGGGUUAUAAAACUAGUUGAUAGCAGCAAGUCCCAUAACUCUGACUUUCAUUUUGGCCAAAUUAUGCCCCCUUUUGGACUUAGAAAAUUCUGGUUAAAGUUUUGCGUGCAAGUACAUACAGCUAUUUCUAAAAGGCAUAUAGAUUUGAAACUUAUUUUUUCUUUUUCUAGAUCAAUUACAACAUCACUGGGUCAAGACCCAUAACUCUGACAUGUAUUUUGAGCAAAUUAUGCCCCCUUUUAGACUUAGAAAAUUUUGGUUAAAGUUUUACAUGCAAGUUACUAUCUCCAAAACUAAUGCAGAUACUGAAUUGAAACUUCACAUGUGUCUUCGGGGUUAUAAAUCUAGUUGAUAGCAGCAAGUCCCAUAACUCUGACUUUCAUUUUGGCCAAAUUAUGCCCCCUUUUGGACUUAGAAAAUUCUGGUUAAAGUUUUGCGUGCAAGUACAUACAGCUAUUUCUAAAAGGCAUAUAGAUUUGAAACUUAUUUUUUCUUUUUCUAGAUCAAUUACCAACCUCACUGGGUCAAGUCCCAUAACUCUGACAUGUUUUUUGAGCAAAUUAUGCCCCCUUUUAGACUUAGAAAAUUUUGGUUAAAGUUUUACAUGCAAGUUAUUAUCUCCAAAGCUAAUGCAGAUAUUUCUUUGAAACUUCACAUGUGUCUUCGGGGUUAUAAAACUAGUUGAUAGCAGCAAGUCCCAUAACUCUGACCUUCAUUUUGGCCAAAUUAUGUCCCCUUUUGGACUUAGCAAAUUCUGGUUAAAGUUUUGCGUGCAAGUACAUACAGCUAUUACUAAAAGGCAUAUAGAUUUGAAACUUAUUUUUUCUUUUUCUAGAUCAAUUACCAACCUCACUGGAUCAAGUCCCAUAACUCUGGCAUGUAUUUUGGGCAAAUUAUGCCCCCUUUUGGACUUUGAAAAUUCUGGUUAAAGUUUUACAUGCAAGUUUCUAUCUCCAAAACUAAUGCAGAUAUUGAAUUGAAACUUCACAUGUGCCUUAGGGGUUAUAAAACUAGUUGAUAGCAGCAAGUCCUAUAAAUGAUAUGCAUUUUGGUCAAAUUAUUCCCCCUUUUGAACUUAAAACUCUUUUGAUAUUUAACCUUUUUGGGUAAUAUUUUCCUGCUUCUGGGACAAUAUUUCGAAUAGUCGAGCUUGGCUGUCUUACGGACAGCUCUUGUUAGCUUGACUAUUCGAAGAAUAAGUAGAGCUAUCCUACUCACCAGGGCAUUGGCAUCACACCUUGGUUAAGCUUUUAAUAUCAGUCCACAUUUUGACAAAACCUUUUGAGAUAAAGCUUUGAAACUUUGAACACUUGUGUACCAUCACCAUGUCCAAUUUUUUGCAAGAGUACAUAACUCAGUAUAUCAGUAUACAUAAUAUCAAGGAUUUUGGCUGAAUUAUGGCCCCUUUUAACUUACAAAUCUUGGUUAAGUUUUUUGUACCAGUUCAUAUUUUGUGUAAACUGUUUGACAUAUGGCUUUGAAACUUUUAUUACUUGUUUGUUUUAAUAGUCUCUAUCUGUAUGUAAGAGCACACAACUCUGCCAACUAUUUUGGCUAAUUCAUAGCCUUUUUUGGACUUGAAAAUUGGUACAAUUUUCAUACAAAUCCGCAUUUUGUCAAAAGUAUUUGGUAUGAAGUUAAGUUUCACAUAGUAUUCCAUAUUUUGUCUGAACUUUUUGGUAUAUGGCUUUGAUACUUCGAACACUUGCUUAAUAUCAUGGUCACACAUUGCCAUAUACUGUGAAAUCAUUAAUAUUCGUGGGGGACUAAUUUUCUUGGAUUUCGUGGUUGAGUCAAUCCACGAAAUUUAAUCCCAACGAACAUGUAAAAUUCACAUUCAUUUUAUGUUCAAAAGUUGAAAUCCACAAAUUCAUAUCCCCAUGAAAUUGCCGUUUAGACCAAAACCACGAAAUUUCAUACCCACGAAAUUAAAUGAUUUUACAGUAGUGCAAGACUUAUCCAAAUCCACAAAUACAGAUACAAUGUUUGUUUGUCUUAUCUAUUAUUCUUCUUUUGUCUGAAAAUCUCUGGUAAUAUUUUGACCCCAUACUUCCAUCAAUUCUUCGAAUAGUCGAGCGCACUGUCAACAGACAGCUCUUGUUUUCCAUGUGAUCCUGUAAAUCAGUAUGCUGCAAUAGGAAAAUUUUUAACUCAUUAAAAUUAUGAAAAAUUUGCUGAAAAAUUGUUUUAAAUAACAAGAACUGUGAUAUUUUUCCCCAGUUUUAUUCAUAUGCAACAUUUAACAUUUUUCAAUGCUCAAUGAACUUGUAAUUGGAAAUGCUUCGCUAUUUACUGGUUUGAUUGAGCCAUAUCAUUCUGUUGUUUCAGUUGUCUGCAGUUACAUAAUUGAAAUACAGUACAACCUCUCCAGAGCGGCCGUCUCUUAAACAAAAACCUCUAUAACAACAUCAUCAAAAUUUCCCUAAGCUGAAAUAUACUAUCAGAUUUACCUCUCCAGAACAACAGCCUCUGUAUAACAGUCAAUAUUUGUAUCUCCCAAAGGGUGUUGCUCUACAGAGGUUGCACUGUAUUGUUGAAAAACUGCGCUACAUCCAAAACAAAAUAAAAAUAAAAAUGUUUUACAGUAUUCAAUACAUUCAGCAUAUUGCUUGCAAUUUUUCUUACCGGUAUAUACUGAUAUUUAUUUUCUCUUAUAGGAGGUGAAAUUGCUUGAAUUUAGUAAAAUCCUGAAUAUGUUAAAUUAAUACUAGUAAUAAAAAAAACAACAAUUUCAAUGGAAUUAAUUCAGUGAUAUUCAUGUGGCAUUGACAAAAUAAACACUUUUUAUGUGGA